AUGGCUCCGUGUCGAAUGUUAGACCAUAUACCUCGUGAGCUGAUUGAUUGGAAGAACAACAUGGGGCAUGAAAUGAACCGACUGUUCCCGUACAUGGGUCAUCUACCAAAUCUUUUGAAUAUAACCCCGAACACAGCAAUCAUUCAAGCACUGCUCGAGUACUGGGAUCCCAAUGGCUCCAUUUUUCGAUUUAGGGAAUGUGAGUUAACACCCACUCUAGAGGAGAUAGAAGGGUUAUUGCAAAUGACUGGGAAAGGUAGCCCUAUGGUGUACCCAACUAAUGGAACUAGAGAGCAAUUUUGCAAGUUUCUAGGUUUGAAGCAAGAUAGCAUGGAUCAGCACCCGGAUGCAAAAUCAUGUCCACUCGAAUUCUUGUACAAACGAUUUGGGGAAAGGGAUUCUUACGACCGACACCAUGACGACUUCUUCAUUAGCAGAGAACAAUGGGAAGGAAAACGAGUACAAGCCUUAGGACUAGCCUUGAUCAGUUUACUACUAUUCCCGCAAAAACAUGGAAAGGUUACUUUCUCAACAGUUAACAUGAUUCAAAGUGUGUUUCUAGGAAUCAAGGAAAAGACCCCUACUUUGGUGCCUAUCAUUAUUGCUGAUAUCUUCACCGCCGUUACCGAAUGCCAAAAGAAGAGGGGGUUUUUCUAUGCAUCCAACUUAGUGCUUCAAAUGUGGGCGAUGGAACAUCUGUCAAAGAGAACACUGAAUCCAUUGGGGUCAUGUCUUCCAACAGCAAACUGGGUUGAAUCGCACCGAGAAAGAGUUAUAAGAUACUAUCGAGUGGCAUCUCCUAAUGUGUUUAUUCAGGAAUUCAAUGCAUUAACUUCGGAUAAGAUACAGUGGGUUCUCGAUUGGACGAAAGUAAGGGAUCCAGCCUUCAAGACUACACAAUUUGACUUCAUUCCGUUAGCAAGCACUAGUGGGUUGGUUAUGUACAUUCCACAACGAGUUAUGAGACAGUUCGGGUACCCGCAGAGAGUGCCAACCAUACAAGGAAUGGGACGUAUCGAAAUCAAUACAGUUGCUGAAUGCCGAAGUAUGGUGUUGGAAGCUUGGGGAAAUUUGUGUAGUUUGGACAACCUGCAUUUAUAUCAAGUAAAUAAAGUGGAGCCUAAGGUCAUCUUGGAGUACAACGACUGGAUCAAAUCAAUAAUAGAACAAGGAAGAGAAAGGUACCGUCAGUCGCUAUUACUUUAG